UCAAGCAACAUGUCAACAGUGAGUGUUCCAGCGUACGUGCAAGAAAGGCUGCUGAUCGUAGCGGAAAAACAAGGCUUCGUUCGUGAUCAUUUUGUCAUCGAAUAUGACCGGGGGUCCAAAUCGGGAGAUGGGUACAUCGGACUCAUCGUACGGGCUCGAUUUGUAAGCCCAACGCAGCCAAAACUAUCGGUAAUUUGUAAAUUUCCACCCGAGGAUCCACAUCAACGGCAACGUUUCAACGCAAUGCUGCUGUUCGAGCGGGAGACAUUCAUUUACCAGCGCAUAUUGCCAGCUUUCGAGGAAAUUCAGCUACAACAUGGCGUUAACCAUCAAGAAGGGACAUACUUUGGUCACUAUCCCAAAUGUUACCAUGCGUACUGUGACGUGGAACGUGGUGAGGCCGUGAUUAUUUUAGAGGAUUUGCUAAACUCGAAACGUCCACCUAUGAAGCUACUGGAUCAGUAUGUCCCGAUCGAUUAUGAUCAUGUGCGUGUUCUGAUGAGCGCAUUGGGUAAAUUAAAUGCCUGUUCAUUUGCGUUGAAGCGUCACCGGCCACAAUUAUUCGAACAAAUUCGACAGUUGAAUGAUCUUCUUUCCAUCGUACUCGACACGGAACAAACGCGACCAUUAACGGAUCGUAACUGCCAUCUAGCUGCGUCGGCUUUCGACCCAAAGCAGGAAGCUGGCUAUCAUCGGGAAAUGCUAGAUCUGUGUAAAUCUAUGUGGCCUAGAACGGGAGCGCAUAUUCGAGGUAUUCGAGCAGAGCCUUACGCAGCGCUUAAUCACGGAGACUGCUGGACAAAUAAUGUAAUGUUUGGUUACGACGCUGAUGGCUGUGUGAACGAUGUUUGUCUGUUCGAUUGGCAGAUGGCUCGAUACGGAUCACCUGUUCUCGAUUAUACACUGUUCAUUUUUCUGUGUGGAGAGCUUAAUUUACGUAGAGACAAAUUCGACAGCCUGAUAGCUGAGUUCUACAGCUCUUUCUCUGCCAGUUUACUGCAGCUGGGAGGUGAUCCGGAAAAAGAUUUACCUCGAGCCGAGCUGGAAAAGCAAUUCAUACAAUUUGGACGAUUAGCCCUGUCCAUGGGAACCUAUGCAUUGCCUAACUUUGCACAGCUGCCGGCAGAAAUUUGUGAAAACCCUGCUAUGUAUCCGACGGAUAAAAGAUUACAAUACUAUUAUACAGUGAUGCGGGAACUAGUAAAAGAUAGUGAUCAAUUUGACAAAAUUGAAUAAAAAUGUAACAAAUCCAAUUCUAAAGCAAUGUGGAAAUAAAGUUUUGACUUACCGUUGCGUA